AUGGCAUCGUCAAUUGCAAGACAUACUUCAACUAUAUCGCUUAUCUCGACUAAUUCUCAACCAAGAGAAGGAAGCGUCCUCCUUCAAGCUCUUAAUCGAUACCGGGACCACAUAGAGAUUGCUUGUGAUAAAAUUCUCGAGAGAUGUUGUGUUGAAAGCAAAUCUGCCUAUAGAAGGCAUUUAUCACUGUUCUCUCCUUAUUUGCUUCCAGGCGCGGCAUCAGGUGAUCACUUGGAGGCAACAGCUCCUCGAAUCCUGGACGAGAGAGCUCGUGAAGUGCUGGCCCAUUAUCUUAUUGAACUCCUCUCCUCCUUGUUACUGCCUGAACCUCUCCCCCAGACCAUUCGAGAGGUAGAUACACGACUAGCCGAAGGGCAACUCUGCUUCCCCGACAAACUUAUGCCCGCUAGAAGCGAGUUGGAAGAAUUCCGUGUUUUGGCGGAGAAGGGCAAGAAAUCCUUUGCCGCUUCGCUAGAUCUCCCUGUAGAGAAGAUAUUUUCGGCUUUGAAGGUAAUCUCACCCAUUUCCUCAUAA